CCCGCAGCUUUGGGUGUAAAUGUUGACGCUUGAAUGGCUGGAGCACAACCUGGCGUCCAUGCGCUUCAACUCAAGCCGGUGCGCGUGUCUGAGAGUCUGAAGCGAGGCAGCAGAUUUAUGAAAUGGGAUGAGGAUUCUUCUACGGUGACUCCAGUGACGUUACGCGUCGAUCCGCAGGGAUACUUCCUCCACUGGACGGAUCAGAAUAAGGAGACAGAUCUAUUGGACAUCACCUACAUCAAAGAUGCAAGAACGGGGAAAUGCACCAAAACGCCAAAGGAGGCGAAGCUGCGGGAGCUGCUGGAUGUGGGGAAUCUGGUGGGCCGGAUAGAGAACCGGAUGCUGACGGUGGUGACGGGGCCAGACAUGGUCAACAUCCAGUACCUGAACUUCAUGGCCUUCCAAGAAGACGUCGCCAAGGAGUGGGCAGAUGAGCUCUUCAGUCUGGCGUCUAACCUGCUCGCUCAAAACAUGGGCCGAGAGUCCUGUCUGGAGAAAGCCUUCACGAGACUCAAGCUGCAGACGAAUCAAGAGGGUCGAAUCCCAGUGAAAAACAUCUUCCGCUUGUUCUCGACCGACCGGAAGCGUGUGGAGACGGCGCUGGAGAGCUGCAAUCUUCCGGCCGGCCGGAACGACUCCAUCCCUUUGGAGGAUUUGACACCUGAUGUUUACAAAUCGUUCAUCAACAACCUCUGCCCACGAUCUGAGAUUAACCAAAUAUUUGCUGAUCUCGGCGUGAAGAGCAGAAACUCUCUGACAGUGGAUCAGAUGACAGAAUUCAUCAACAACAAGCAGCGGGACCCGCGUCUGAACGAGAUCCUGUACCCGCCGCUCAAGCCCGAACAAACCCAGCUGCUCAUGGAGAAGUUUGAGCCCAACCCAGCCAUGAUUCAGAGAGGGCAGAUCUCAGUGGAGGGCUUCGCCAGGUAUCUGAUCAGUGAGGAGAACAGCGUCAUUCCUCCAGAAAAACUGGACCAGAGUGAAGACAUGACCUUCCCUCUCUCUCAGUACUUCAUCAACUCCUCCCACAACACUUACCUCACAGCGGGGCAGCUCGCGGGGAACUCCUCUGUUGAGAUGUACCGGCAGACGCUGCUGUCUGGCUGUCGCUGUGUGGAGCUGGACUGCUGGAAGGGCCGGACGGCGGAGGAGGAACCCGUCAUCACACACGGCUUCACCAUGACCUCAGAAAUCUCCUUCAAGGAAGUGAUCGAAGCCAUCGCUGAGUGUGCGUUCAAGACGUCUCCGUUCCCCAUCAUCCUGUCCUUUGAGAAUCACGUGGACUCCCCCAAACAGCAAGCCAAAAUGGCAGAAUAUUGCCGAUCCAUAUUCGGGGACGCUCUUUUGACUGAGACUCUGGAGAAAUAUCCUCUCGAGCCAGGCGUUCCUCUGCCAAGCCCUCAAGAGCUCAUUGGAAAGAUCCUCGUCAAGAACAAGAAAUCUCACCCUAAACCCUCCGAUGGCAGCACUAAGAAGAAGCUGUCCGAACAGGCGUCCAACACAAACAGCGACUCGUCCAGCGUCUUUGAGCCGUCCUCACCCAGCGCUGGACCCGCAGGUUUAGCACCUGCAGAGGUGGAGGCUGAGGAUGAUGAGGAUGAAGAUGAUGACGAUGAUGACUGUAAGAAGUCCAUGGACGAGGGUACAGCAGGAUGUGAAGCCUUUGCCACUGAAGAAAUGUCCACGCUGGUCAACUACAUCCAGCCCACCAAGUUCCACUCGUUUGAGAUUUCCAAGAAAAGCAAACGCAGUUAUCAGAUGUCGUCGUUCGUGGAGACCAAAGCGCUGGAGCAUCUCACCAAGACGCCGGUGGAGUUCGUCGAAUACAACAAGUUUCAGCUGAGCAGGAUUUAUCCUAAAGGAACGCGUGUGGAUUCCUCCAACUACAUGCCGCAGGUCUUCUGGAACGCCGGCUGUCAGCUCGUCGCACUCAACUUUCAGACCAUCGAUCUGUCCAUGCAGCUGAACCUCGGCAUGUACGAGUACAACGGCAAGAGCGGCUACAGACUCAAACCAGAGUUCAUGAGACGACCGGACAAGCACUUCGACCCCUUCACAGAAAGCACUGUGGAUGGCAUCGUAGCCAACACCUUAUCAGUGAAGAUCAUAUCAGGACAGUUUCUGACUGACAAGAAGGUGGGCGUUUAUGUGGAAAUUGACAUGUUUGGACUUCCCGUUGACACGAGACGAAAAGCUUUCAAGACAAAGACAUCCCAGAGCAACGCCAUCAACCCUGUGUGGGACGAGGAGCCCAUCAUCUUUAAAAAAGUGGUGUUGCCCACGCUGGCGUCCCUCAGGAUAGCCGUGUAUGAAGAGGGUGGCAAGUUCAUCGGCCAUCGCAUCAUUCCCGUCUCAGCCAUUCGUCCGGGUUAUCGUUACAUCGGUUUGAGAAAUGAAAAGAAUCAAGCUCUAACUCUUCCUGCUAUAUUUGUGUAUAUCGAGGUGAAGGACUACGUUCCCGAUACAUUCGCCGAUGUCAUCGAAGCGCUGUCCAACCCCAUCAGAUACGUCAACCUGAUGGAGCAGAGAUCCAAACAGCUGGCGGCGCUCACUCUAGAGGAAGGAGAAGAGGAGAAAGACACCAAAGAGGCAGAUCCUGGUGUUGAAAACCCUUCGGAGGUUAAAAGCGAACCCAAACCCGUCCCGGUUGAGAACGGACUGAGUCACACACCCAGCAGCGCCGCUCCUAAACCCGUGUCCCAGAUCAGCUCACAGCCACAGUCCACAGGCUCAACCAAACCAGCGGCAAAGACUGAAGAUCUGAUUCAGAGCGUCCUCACCGAGAUGGAGGCGCAAACCGUCGAGGAGCUCAAACAGCAGAAGGGCUUCGUCCGAGAGCAGAGACGACACUAUAAAGAGAUGAAGGACCUGGUGAAGAAACACCACAAGAAGACCACCGAGAUGAUCAAGGAGCAGUCUGCCAAACGAGACGGUAAGAAGAGGUGUUUGUCGUCCAGUCCUGAACACGGAGCCUCGUUCUUCGAGCAGGAACUGGCCAAUCUGGAUCAAGACAGCGGACAGAAACUGUCCGAACUCAAAGAACAGCAGCAGCAGCAGCUCCUCAAUCUGCGUCAGGAGCAGUAUUACAGCGAGAAAUAUCUGAAGAAAGAGCACAUCAAACAGGUGAUCGAGAAGCUGACGGCCAUCGCUGAGGACAGUCAGAGCAACCAAAUGAAGAAAAUCAAGGAGCUGUGUGAGAAAGAAAAGAAAGAGCUGAAAAAGAAAAUGGACAAGAAGAGACAAGAGAAGAUCAGUGAAGCCAAAUCCAAGGAGAAACACCUGACCGAAGAGGAGAAGCUGGAGAUCAACAGGUCGUAUGUGAACGAGGUGGUGCAGCACAUCAAGAGGCUGGAAGACGCGCAGACUAAAAGACACGAGAAGCUGGUAGAAACCCACAAGAGCAUCCUGCAGCAGAUAUUAGACGAGAAACCCAAACUCCAGAAUGACCUGGAUCAGGAAUACCAGGACAAAUUCCGGCGGCUUCCACUGGAGAUCCAGGAGUUUGUGCAGGAAAGCACCAAGAGAAAGACUGAGGACGGAGAGCAGGAGGUUCUGCCCUCUUCUUCCUCCACGCUGGAGAAACUAAUGCAGAAGGGAGCACAGUCUGAAGACGACACAGAGGAGGAGAAGAAAGACUGAUGCCAGAAACCUUCAGGAUCUCUUCCCACUUCACUUUUAUGUUCCUUCAUUAACAUAUUAGAGAUUUGUAAGGCUUGCGUUUACUACUGAGUUUGUGGAUCCGAGUCACGGAGCGUCGCAUCAGAAACACGGCUUCAUGUCGCGCUGGGAGUUAUGCAUUUGUUUUACGUUGACUGUGGAUACACACUAAGAUUCAAGUCUGAAUUAUUUCUUGUGUUUUGUUGUUUUGCUUCUCAUAAUAAUGAGUAAAAGUAAAAGUGUUUUAAUGGAAGAGAACGCAGGUCAUGACACUGCAUUGAGAUACUGUAGCCAUCAAUUAUCUUUAUCGGAUGAAUCUUACAAAAACAUCCUGGACAGUUCAACCCAAAACAACAAUCUGGGUCAUAUUUAACCCCAAAAAUAUAUUUUGCUUAGAGAUAAAUU